AUGGGAAAUAGCAACAGUUCGCCUCAAUUUGUCGAUGCUACCGUCGUUGAUAUCGUCCACCCCUCUCUGCAACUUUGCAGUAGCUGCUCAUCUUUUCCGUGGCCAUCGGGACUUGACACCGACAGUUUCCUUGUUGAGUUUCUAAAUCUUAACAAAACGUUCUCUUCUGUUCAAGCAUCAGCUGAGGAGGGUUGUGUACUAUGUCGCUUUAUUUGGUCAUUGAUGAUCAACGACUUUAUAGUGACCAAAGAGCUUUUGGAGUCAGAAGAAUUUGCAGAGGGGUCAAUUGAGCUACAUAUCACAAAGAUCGAAGGGGUCUUCACAUUCGACCCGCAGGUACGGCACAACGGUCGAGUGAUCUUUGGCUCUACAGGAACUAGGUUUGAACACGUUGAGUGCAGUGAGUUGGAGGCUAUGGGAAAACUCAAGACCCGUCACAUUAAAGACUUCACCGAGGAAAACAUCCAACAUCAAUUGGCUGAUCUGAUUGAGCACCAAAUCCGGCCUUGGAUGGAGAGCUGUUGUGCAAGAUUCACAGAUCACGAAAACUGCGGACCCGAACAUAACGCCUCAGGCUUACCAACUCGACUAGUUGAUGUUGGCAAAGGGAACGAUUCGCCGAUCAAACUCGUCGAUGUCAAGAGCUCGAAUCACAUCCAAGGCUUUGCCUACCUUAUCCUCAGCUAUUGCUGGGGAAGCGGCAACGAAAGUUCCAAAACGACAGAGAAUAAUCUCAACGCACGGCUUCGUGGCUUUUCUGUCUCAGAACUCCCGAAGACCAUCCGAGAUGCCAUCCUUCUGACAUGA